AUGGCGGGGCAACUAUUUGCGACACCUUGUCGGAGAAAAGACUAUGGCGGGGCGACUAUUUGCGACACCUUGUCGGAGGAAAGACUAUGGCGGGGCAACUAUUUGCAACACCUUGUCGGAGAAAAGGCUAUGGCGGGGCAACUAUUUGCGACACCUUGUCGGAGGAAAGACUAUGGAGCGGGGCAACUAUUUGCAACACCUUGUCGGAGAAAAGACUAUGGCGGUGCAACUAUUUGCGACACCUUGUCGGAGAAAAGACUAUGGCGGGGCGACUAUUUGCGACACCUUGUCGGAGAAAAGACUAUGGCGGGGCAACUAUUUGCAACACCUUGUCGGAGAAAAGACUAUAGCGGUGCAACUAUUUGCAACACCUUGUCGGAGGAAAGACUAUGGCGGUGCAACUAUUUGCAACACCUUGCCGCAGGAAAGACUAUGGGGGGGGCGACUAUUUGCGACACCUUGUCGGAGAAAAGACUAUGGCAGGGCAACUAUCUGCGACACCUUGUCGGAGAAAAGACUAUGGCGGGGCAACUAUUUGCGACACCUUGUCGGAGGAAAGACUAUGGCGGGGCAACUAUUUGCAACACCUUGUCGGAGAAAAGACUAUGGCGGGGCAACUAUUUGCGACACCUUGUUGGAGGAAAGACUAUAGCGGUGCAACUAUUUGCAACACCUUGUCGGAGAAAAGACUAUGGCGGGGCGACUAUUUGCGACACCUUGUCGGAGGAAAGACUAUGGCGGGGCAACCAUUUGCGACACCUUGUCGGAGGAAAGACUAUGGCGGGGCAACUAUUUGCGACACCUUGUCGGAGGAAAGACUAUGGCGGGGCAACUAUUUGCGACACCUUGUCGGAGAAAAGACUAUGGCGGGGCGACUAUUUGCGACACCUUGUCGCGGGAAAGACUAUUUGCAACACUUUGUCGGAGAAAAGACUAUGGCGGGGCAACUAUUUGCGACACCUUGUCGGAGAAAAGACUAUGGCGGGGCAACUAUUUGCGACACCUUGUCGGAGAAAAGACUAUGGCGGGGCAACUAUUUGCAACACCUUGUCGGAGAAAAGACUAUGGCGGGGCAACUAUUUGCGACACCUUGUCGGAGAAAAGACUAUGGCGGGGCGACUAUUUGCGACACCUUGUCGGAGAAAAGACUAUAGCGGUGCAACUAUUUGCGACACCUUGUCGGAGAAAAGACUAUGGCAGGGCAACUAUUUGCAACACCUUGUCGGAGGAAAGACUAUAGCGGUGCAACUAUCUGCAACACCUUGUCGGAGGAAAGACUAUGGCGGGGCGACUAUUUGCAACACCUUGUCGGAGGAAAGACUAUUUGCGACACCUUGUCGGAGAAAAGACUAUGGCGGGGCAACUAUUUGCGACACCUUGUCGGAGGAAAGACUAUGGCGGGGCAACUAUUUGCAACACCUUGUCGGAGAAAAGACUAUGGCGGGGCGACUAUUUGCGACACCUUGCCGCGGGACAGAGGAUGGAAGGUGA